AUGUAUACACAUCUGAACAAGAUACAUAAAAUGCAUGACGACGAAAUAAGAAGGUAAGUGGAGACAUUAGUGUAUUAAUAUUUUUAAUUAUUUAGUGUUGCGUAUCCGCUGCUCCCAGACGACCCACUCGCCCGUGCUCAUGUUGAGAACACAAUGGAUAACAAUUCGAGAAACGAAGCCAGUCAGCUCAAAGAACCCUCGUCUAAUGACAACAAUGAGUACAUCAAAGGCUUCCUCGACGGGUUUGUUGCGGGCAAUCUAGUACAUAAUCGUAAAUAAUUAAGUUCUGGAUAAAAUUUACUUUAGUGUGAUAUUUUGGUUUUUUAAAAAUAUAUUAUAGUUUCCCUAACCAAUAAAUUUUAACAGAUGUUACUAUUUUUCUCCAAUUUCAAGCUUGAAAACACGAACUUUAGCGGAAUCAUUCUACCCUAA